UAAGUCCAAUAUUUAGGCUAGCUUCUACCCUAUAUAAAUUAGACCAUAAAACAAUCAACGAUAAAAUUAAAAUUCAAGACCUGUCACUCUUAUGAGACACGGUUAAAUCAUUUUUUAAGUUCUUGUGACUUUUGCACUCGCUCAAAACAAACUUCCACCUGGUAUGCCUUAUCAACGAGACUUAUAGACGAGACCUAUAUAAUUGAAACCCAUUACCAUAGAAACCUCAUUAAGUCAAAAUGUCGCAAACACUUUGGGUAGUAGUCUUGGGCCUUUGCCUAGCAUUGGCAUUUGGAGAGCGCACUCGUUAUGACAACUAUCGAGUGUACAAUGUCAAUCCAUCAAAUUUGGAGCAGUUGAAAAUUCUUCAGGAACUUGAAGGAACAAGUGACAGUUUAAUAUUCUUGCAAGGACCUUACUCUGUGGCAAAGGAUAUACAAGUUGUUGUUGCGCCUCAUAAGUUUAAUGAUUUUGUCGAAGGUUUGCAAAGAAACAACAUCAAUGUCCAGUUGAUUGAAAAGAACUUCCAAAAAAUCCUUGAUAACGAUGAACCUAAUCAAGUAUCAAGUCGCUCUGGUGUAUACGAUUGGACUGCUUAUCAUACACUCGAAGAGACCUACAGCUGGUUGGAGUCGCUGGCAAAAGCUUAUCCCGAAAAAGUCGAACUAAUUGUUGGAGGCAAAUCCUACGAAAACAGACAGAUUCUUGGAGUCAAGAUUUCCCACAAACCAGGCAACAAGGGAAUUUUCAUCGAAGGUGGUAUUCAUGCCCGUGAAUGGAUUUCUCCAGCUACAGUGACCUACCUGAUCAACGAACUUCUUACCAACAAUAGGACAAAAGAUAUGGCUGAAAACUACGAUUGGUAUAUUUUCCCUCAUGUCAAUCCCGAUGGUUAUGCCUACACCUGGACUGGUGACCGUAUGUGGAGGAAGACUCGUAAACCAUAUGGCUCAUGUGCUGGUGCUGAUCCGAACCGUAACUGGGACCUUUCUUGGAACACAGUUGGCGCAAGCAGUAGUGCUUGCUCGGAAACUUAUGCUGGACCAUCGGCAGCUUCUGAAAUCGAAAUCCAAUCACUUUCAAGCUAUCUUGAAUCAUUAAAGGGUAAAAUUGAUUUGUACCUCUCCUUCCAUGCUUAUUCACAAUACCUGCUCUACCCCUUCGGCUAUACAAGCAAGUUACCAGAAAAUGCUAAAGACUAUGAAGCUGUCUACGAUGCAACUGUUGCAGCUAUCAAAAAACGUCAUGGAACUAAAUAUACUGGUGGUAAUAUUUACGAUGCUAUUUAUCCAGCUUCAGGAUCUAGCAUUGAUUGGGUUUAUUCAAAAAUCGGCUGUAAAUUGACUUUCAGCUAUGAAUUGAGACCAUCGAGUAGCAGCUUGUUAACUGGAUUCAAUUUGCCAGCUUCAAAAAUUAUUCCAACAGGUGAUGAAACUAUUGACUCUGUUGUGGCUAUGGUGAACAAAGCUAAGGAGCUUAAAUAUUUGUAGAAAAAAAAAAUUAAAUAAAGUUCU